GUGGAUUUUAGUAUAUAAACGCCUAGUUGAUACGAAAAAUGAAUGAACUAAACCACAUUCCGCUUUCUAAUCGUGGUAAAAAAAAUGGGACCUAGAAUUGGAAUAGUACUGAUUUCGCUCUGUUUGCUGGGAACUGGCCACACCAAUCCGAGUCGCUACAAAGGAGACAUUUUAGACUUGGAUGCCUACUUCGAGUCGCACGAUUUCGACUCCCGAGAGCGGGUGGUUGGCGGCGCCGCAGUGCCCGACGGCGAGCAUGUACCCUACCAAGUAUCUAUGCAGUAUCGCACACGCAGUGGCAAGGAUCGUCACUUUUGCGGCGGCUCUAUAAUUUCACCGAAUCGCAUUCUCACAGCAGCACAUUGCGUCAACGGCCAGGACGCCAAGCGCAUCUCUGUUGUGGCGGGUAUUCGUGACCUCAACGACAGCACUGGUAUUCGAUCGCAGGUGCUGUCCUAUGAAAUUCACGAGAACUAUGAGGAGUUGGUGACCAGUGACAUUGCCAUUCUGAAGAUCGAACCGGCUUUCGAGUUGGACGGCGCCAAGUUGGACAAAGUCGAUGUGAGUGGCACCGAUAAAGUCGAUGGUGGGCAAGCUGUCACCCUUACCGGUUGGGGUGCUAUGUGGCAUGUGGGUCAAGGACCAUUGGCGGUUUACCCGACAUUGCUGCAGCGCAUGUCCUACAAAACGAUUACAAAUGAUGAGUGUAAAAAGGUGAUGACACAGUUGACCGACACGGAGAUCUGUGCAUUGGAGCGGUUCGGCAAAGGAGCGUGUAAUGGUGACUCCGGCGGUCCGCUGGUGAUGGAGAAUGGUGAGAGCCUGAAGCAGGUUGGCGUGGUUUCCUAUGGUACGGCGCUUUGUGCAUCUAAUAAUCCAGAUGUUUACACUCGUGUGUCUAUAUUUGAUGAGUGGAUUAAAGAGCGCCUGGCUUGAAAGAAAGUUCUAGUUUGUAACCUUUUGAAAUGGAAUUGAAUUAAACUUUUUGGAUCAACUAUUUUAAAAUUAUUAUAUUUUUUGUCUCUGCAACAGAACUGUUUAUAAAACUAUAUAAUUAAUGAUCUAUGGAUUUAUGUUAUUACUUCUAUUCAUAUAUCGACGGUGGGUUGAAAGAUUGCCCUAUCUCGGCUGCCGGUUCAAAAACGCGCUAUCUCAGCAAAUGGCUCAAGCACGCCCUAUUUGAGAAUUUGGUUGAAGAACGCUCUAUCU